UAUAUUCGGCAAUAUUAUAUUUCAGGCGAUGAGAUGAUAGGGAGGUGAGGUUGUGUUUUUUUAUGAAGCUAUUAGUAGCUAUGCUGGUGGAUUUGGAAGGGUUCUGAGUCAACUCACGAAUAGAAGAUAGGAAGCUGCGUUGGUGUUGUUGAAUCGGUGAUCGGAGGGGAUUUUCCGGUUAGUUGUUCCGGCGAAGGAAUGGUUUUUGUUUGAGAUUUAGAGCGAGAAAGUUGUCUUGUUGAUGCUGUAGGGAGAGAAAGUAGAAGUUGGAACGAGAUUGGUUGGUACAGCCACCAUGUAUGGUAAUGGAUUUAGCGGUAUGGAGUCGGAGUACAUUCGGAGACAUCACAGGCACGAGCCGGCAAAGAAUCAAUGUAGUUCUGCUCUCGUCAAGCACAUCAAGGCUCCUGUUCACCUUGUUUGGUCUUUGGUGAGAAGAUUUGAUCAACCACAAAAGUAUAAGCCGUUUAUCAGCAGGUGCAAUGUCCAGGGAAACUUUGGGAUUGGGAGUCUUAGAGAAGUUGAUGUUAAGUCAGGGCUUCCUGCAACUACCAGCACUGAGAGAUUGGAACAUCUUGAUGAUAAUGAGCAUAUCCUUAGUGUCAAAAUUAUCGGUGGGGAUCACAGACUUAGGAACUACUCUUCGACCAUUUCCCUCCACCCAGAGAUCAUUGAAGGAAGACCAGGGACUUUGGUGAUUGAGUCCUUUGUGGUGGAUGUGCCUGACGGGAACACCAAGGAUGAGACCUGCUACUUUGUUGAAGCCUUGAUCAAGUGCAAUCUCAAGUCUCUUGCUGAGGUUUCCGAGAGGCUGGCUGUGCAGGGCCGUACAGAGCCCAUUGAUUUGAUCUAAGAGUUGGGCUGGGUGGAUGCAAAGAUGACCUUGGAAGAAUAUUCGUCUGAGGCUUUCAAAUCUCAGAGGCUUCAGAGAUGGACCGGUAGUAGCUCUCUUUCCAUCUUGGGCAUACAUUUCCUCUCAUUUUCUUUCAGUUUUCUGUUUGUUUUUAAAUUAUGCUGACCUUCCUGUCUUGGUAGUUAAAGAACCACAGCUUUUAACUAAGUUCCUAAAUCACACGAUGAAAAGUAAAAAUCAAAGGACUAGGUGUGUCUUUCUAUGUGAUUUGCAGGGUUUUGGCUGUAAUGGUAUGUCAUGCUCUAUAGUUGUAAAUAUGUGCAUGAAAGGUUUGGUGCUUGUAGAUCUGUUUCUUAUGUUGUAGUUGUAGCUUCAUCACAAUUUCAUUUAGCGUGGAAUAGGAAACCUGAAGGCCAGCUGUGUAUCAUUGUAGAGAGGUUGUAAUAACUAUUUAUCAGUGUCAUGACCAUAUUAUUAUUACUA